UUUGAAGGAUCAUCUAGCAGGCCACCUAAUAAGUAUAAUGGUUUUAAUGACUACUCCAAUUCCAAGUAUGGAAGAGGUGGUGAUGGACGCAUCCAAUUUGGUGAAAGAUUUUCCCAAUCUGAUGGAAAUGCUCUGGGAAUGAGGGGAAGAGGGCCAUCUUGGAGAUCUGACAUGUCUGAAGGGUGGGAUCUUCCUGGUUAUGGUGCUUCUAGAAAUAAUAGCCAGGUUUCCUCAAGGAGGGCUUUUGGAGGUAGUUCUGCUGAUGGAAGAUCACCGAAAUCUGUGCAUGAGAGUGAUCAGUCAGGAAACAGGAGAGCUUGGGAUAAAGCAGCACUGCCCAUCCGGCUUGGUGAGGGACCAUCUGCCAGAAGUGUCUGGCAAGCUUCCAAGGAUGAAGCUACCUUGGAAGCAAUUCGAGUUGCUGGUGAGGACAAUGGAGCAUCUCGAGCAACGAGGGUAGCAAUCCCUGAAAUGACCGCAGAAGCUCUGUCUGAUGACAAUGUUGGGCUAGAGAGGGAUGCCAUCUGGACUUCUUGGACUAAUGCAAUGGAUGCCCUUCAAGUAGGUGACACAGAUUCAGCCUUUGCAGAAGUAUUGUCCACUGGUGAUGAUAUUUUGCUUGUAAAGCUAAUGGACAGAACAGGUCCUGUAAUUGACCAACUUUCAAGUGAAGUUGCAUGUGAAAUUGUGAAUGCCAUUGGGCAAUUCUUGCUGGACCAGAACAUGUAUGACAUCUGUUUGUCUUGGAUUCAACAGGUAUGACUUUUUCUUCUGUUUGAAUUUCCGUUCUUCUUGUCUGAAUAUGUGUAUUCUGUAGUCACAUGAAUCCUCUCAUCAAAAUAGCACCUUAAAAUAAUUAGGGAUGAUUUUGGUAUUUCUUUAUAUUUUUUCAGUGUCAACACUAGUAUAGUAUGAAACCAUGA